AAUGUUUUAUCUGACAAGCGCAAGCAUAAAAACGGCAAGGCUGUUGGGAGUGACUUUGAAGCGAUCUGUAGUAAGAGACAGCAACAGGACAACUUUCAAAGAUCCUCAAAACUCUAGAGAAGUCCUUGAAAUAAAUGUCUCCAAACAAGUUGAUUUCUUUUUUACAUUCUGCCAUGUGGAACAUUUCUAGAAACAUAACCUACCUUACUGAAGAAAAAGUGGAUGAAAUUCUCAGUGUAUGCAAUGAAACUGGAGACUUCUCACCACUGGUGCAUCUUAUUGGCCGGAUAUUCUCCAGUGCAGAAACACUAGUUAAGAGCUUUAGGAAACCUGAAAUGAAGAGAAAUUGCUUAAGCUCUUUACCAGAAAAUACUACAGAUAAUUUGGAAAAUUGUGCCGAAAUACAUGGAUGUAAUCAUUCAGCACCUUGCUGUUCUCAACAGAAACUUUGUGAUUGUCUUGGGCAAUCAUUUAAGCUUGAAGAAUUAACUGUUGAUGUCAAAUCUGUUCGGAGGGUCUACAAAAAACUACUGGUACAUAACCGGAUAGAAACUGCACUGAUUAAUGCUUUGAUGUAUCUAUCACCAGAUGUGGAAUGUGAAUUAAGUUAUCACAGUGCAUACACCAGAGAUUCAAACUACCUAAACCUGUUCAUAAUUGUCAUGGAAAAUCACAACCUACAUAGUCCUGAGUAUCUGGAAGGAGCCUUACAAAUGUUCUGUAAGGCAAUGUGCAAGCUUCCUUUGUCAGCACAAGCCAAGUUGAUCCAUCUGUGGUCAACAUACAGCUCCACUGAUAUCCGCAGAAUGAUUGAGGUCUUUCAGCAGCUUAUCACGUACAAAGUAAUAAGCAAUGAUUAUAGUUGUCGAAAUUUGGUAAAUGAAGAUGAUGUAGUAGUUGCAGCAGCCAAAUGUCUAAAAUUGGUAUACUUUGCAAAUUUGCUGGGUGGCAUUUUGACCAUAGAGAAUGACGAUGAGGAGUCGUCACAAGAAACCAGUGAGGGAAAUUUGCAUCAGAACCUUUUGAUCGAGGACACCCGUUACAAGAAGGGUCCCCGGGUGGACCCCUUGGAAAAAGAGCUUAAUUUUAGGGCCAUUGACUGCUGUCGACCAGUAAUACCUUAUGAUGAAUUUGUUAACGAGUCAUUAAACAAUGUUCUUGCAAUGGAUAAAGACUACAUAUUUUUUAAAGUAGACAGUGAGAAGAAGUUUUCUUUCUUGACCUGUCCAUUCCUCCUUACCCCAUAUACUAAAAGCCAAGGCCUCUAUUAUGACAACAGAAUUCGGAUGUUCAGUGAACGACGUAUAACUGUGCUGUACAACUUGGUACAAGGGCAGCAAGCUCAACCUUAUCUCCGACUGAAAGUAAGGCGCGAUCAUAUCAUUGAUGAUGCUCUUGUACGGUUGGAAAUGAUUGCCACAGAAAAUCCUUCAGAUUUGAAAAAGCAACUUUAUGUGGAGUUUGAGGGGGAACAAGGAGUGGAUGAAGGCGGAGUUUCCAAGGAGUUCUUUCAGCUGGUGGUCGAGGAGAUUUUUAAUCCAGAUAUAGGAAUGUUUGCUUAUGAUAGCCAAACGAAACUGUUUUGGUUCAACCCUACCUCCUUUGAGAAUGAUGGACAAUUCACACUAAUUGGGAUAGUACUGGGUCUGGCCAUCUACAAUCACUGCAUCCUUGAUGUCCAUUUCCCUAUGGUGGUUUACAGGAAGUUGAUGGGCAAGAAGGGAACUUUAGAAGAUCUUGCUGACUCACAUCCAAUACUAUAUCGAAGUUUGAAAGACGUUCUGGAAUAUGAAGGGAAUUUAGAGGAAGAUAUGAUGAUCACCUUUCAAGUAUCAUAUAGUGAUCUGUUUGGGGUGCCAAUUGUCCACAAUCUGAAAGAAAACAGUGAUGAGAUUCCAGUAACAAACCAAAAUAAAAAGGAGUUUGUUCAACUCUAUACCAACUACAUUUUGAACCAAUCAGUAGAAAAGCAAUUCCGAGCAUUCAAUCGAGGUUUCCAAAUGGUCACAAAUGAGUCUCCCUUAAAAUACCUUUUCAGACCAGAAGAAAUUGAGCAGCUAAUCUGCGGCAGCAGGAAUCUGGAUUUUCAUGCACUUGAAGAGGCCACAGAGUAUGAUGGAGGAUUCACAAAGGAAUCUAGGAUAGUGAGAGAUUUCUGGGGAAUAACUCACAGUCUCCCAGAAGAACAGAAGCGUCAGUUUCUGCAAUUCACCACAGGCUCUGACCGGGCUCCUGUCGGUGGCCUUGGCAAAAUUAAGUUGAUCAUUACCAAGAAUGGACCAGAUUCAGACAGGCUACCAACAACACAUACUUGCUUCAAUGUACUGCUGCUUCCAGACUAUUCCAGCAAGGACAAGCUCAAGGAAAGACUCCUUAAGGCAAUCACAUACUCAAAGGGCUUUGGCAUGCUGUAAUUAACUUGUGGCAAUGCGAGUAGCCUCAUAAACCAAACUCAAAUGAAGAUGCAAAAUCUCCAUCUAAAAUAUAGAUUAGUCAGUUUAUGUUGAGUUGGAAAGCCACAUUAUUAUAUUAAACAUUAUGGGCUGAAUUAAAUGCUGAGGACAGGCUUCUCACACCCCAGUGUAAAUGUUGGUAGCGAGCCGUUCUCUGCUUAGUUGGUCGCCUUGCCUUAAUUUUUCAGGCAACAACCCUUUAAUCAAUAUGAGCUGGGACAUCCGUCUAUCUUCAUGACAAGGUCCCUCCUCGUAAAGCUGGAGGCCAAUAGGAGGAGCAGUGGCCACUGCUAGUGCUGCAGGUAGGUCAAGGAGGUGGCAUUCAGCGAUGAACAUGAACAUACAUCCAUAUGUGUCUCUGGGAUCAGACCCCAGUGAGUGGAUUGAGGGCAUGUUGGGCAAAGCAGGGAAUGGGUGGACUUGGGGAGACAAGGCUGAGGUGGGGGUCUCUGGCAGGGCUGCAUGUUGAGCACCAGCCUCUCCCGCCACCUGUUAAAUCAGAACGAUAGUGGAACAAGACCCUUAAUUGGGCAGUGUUUGCCCACUUAAGGGCCUCAAUUGUGCCACAGGCGAGCACCUCACCUGAUGCUCAUAAAAUUAUGGUGGGGUGGGGGACGGCAAACAACUCUCGUGUGGUGGGCACACAGCCGAUGGCACAUGCCCUAAUUUAAGGGUCCACUCACUUGCUUUUCCUGCUGUGGGUGGUCUAUAAAAUUCAGCUCUGUUUUUCUCUUUUUUUUCCCAUGGAUUUAAAUUUUUCAUUUUAAAAUGGAGAUGCCCUUAAGCAUAGUACAGUUUGAUGUAAGCUAUGUGCUGAUGACACAAGCAAUGAACCUACCAAAAUCUGAAAACGCUUGUUCCAGUAUUUCCUAACUUAAAUAUUACUGGCCUUCAAUGCAGUUACUUAAUUGUUAAGUCAGAGAUGUAGGUUAAUUUUAUCAUUAUAUCCCAAAAUCAGUUUAUAAAAAGAGUGAAUGAUGUAAAUCUCUGCACAGAAGACUUUUGUCACCCUUCUUACACCUUCACUUCUUCCCUCUCCACCUUAAAAAGAAACAAAAGAAUAUGACAAGGUAAGGGUAUUUGGCCAUUUUAUGUAGGUGAGAAUUUUGGGGGAAAUGCUUCUUCCAGCUUAAUGAAGAAGUGGUGGUAAUGUGAUCAUUACUGAAGGUGUUCUUUUAAACCAAACUGCUGCCAGUCUUCCUGUACCUCAAGGUUUUUCCUACCUAAUUUCCUCAGAUAUAUUGAGGGAUGGCAGUUAUUUUCUUCUCUAUUUUUAUACUUGAUUUUUCUGCUAUUUCCUGAAGGAGAUAUGCAUUCACACAAGUAUCAAGCCACUUAACUAAGGAGGGCCUCUAGUGCAUGUAACUAAUCUUGUUUCAUAGUAAAUACAAUGGUGUGUUGUAUGAUAAGACAUAAAAAUAUUGUGACUUAAAAGAAAUUAUUUGGAUCUGUUGACCUUUGUCCACUAAUAAAAUGAGAAUCAUGUCUCUCAAUGCAAAGUUGUAUUUAAUGUACAAAUAAAAUGGAGAGCAGGAUGUAAAGUUAUUAUGUAGACACAGUACUCGAUUGGGAUAUGUUUAAAAUUGAGUAUUGAUCUGUAAUGUUUGAAUUAAAAUGGAGUAGUGUAGCAUCUGGCA